AUGAAGAAGACGAAGAAGAUGAGAGUCAGAAGAAAAAAUCGAGGAGUAUCAAUUCACAUAGUUAUUAGAUUCAUGGGAGUUGGUGGAGAGUUGUUGCAGUGGGGACAUAAGGAGAGAUCAAAUAGGAUUAGGAAUGAUGGUGGUGGUGAGAGGAGGAGGAGGAGGAAAGGAGCAUUGAGAGCUGUAGCUUCUGAGAUCAGGUCUUUCGCUGAGCGAAUGAUGGUUAUGGAGAAGAAGAGGAUGGAGUUUGCUAAAGAGACAGUGAAGCUGCGUAAAGAUAUGGAGAUCAAACGCCUUAGAUUGAUUCAGAGUUCUCAAACUCAGCUCUUUCGGUUUCUCAGUACUGCCUUUGAUUCCUUCUAA